GCCUUUUGUGUUUGCAUGCCAAAGCUACCUCAGACCCACCCCAGUUUCCUUUGGCAUUGGGGAACCAGUUGUGAUGUUUUGUUUCAUUUUGCUGGUUUAGGUUGUGGAACUCUGGCAGUGCUGGAACAAAAUGAAGCUGAGAUUGUUCUGCUCAGGAGUUUUGACUGGAACGAUGGCCUGUUUGAUGUGACCUGGAGUGAGAAUAAUGAAAAUGUGUUGAUCACUUGUAGUGGAGAUGGAUCUCUGCAAAUCUGGGAUAUGGCUAAAACCAAAGGUCCACUGCAAGUCUAUAAAGAGCACACUCUGGAGGCAUACAGUGUUGACUGGAGCCAAACUAGAGGAGAGCAGCUAGUGGUGUCUGGCUCAUGGGAUCAAACAGCCAAGCUGUGGGAUCCAGCUGUGGGGAAGUCAUUAUGCACUUUUAAAGGCCAUGAAGGGGUCAUCUAUAGCACUAUAUGGUCUCCACACAUCCCGGGUUGUUUUGCGUCUGCCUCAGGUGAUCAGACGUUAAGAAUUUGGGAUGUGAAAACCCCAGGAGUCAAACUUGUGAUACCUAACAGAUGGUCAACCCAGGAAGAUAAGAGAUUUUGCUUACUCUUUAACUUGCUGGUAACUGGUGCAGUUGACUGUAGCUUGAAAGGCUGGGAUUUGAGGAACAUCCGGCAGCCAGUGUUCGUCUUGCUUGGUCAUACCUAUGCUAUCAGAAGAGUGAAAUUUUCACCAUUCCACGCAACCAUAUUGGCCUCUUGCUCCUAUGAUUUUACUGUAAGAUUCUGGGACUUUUCCAAGCCUAAUCCUUUGCUGGAAACAGUUGAGCAUCAUACUGAAUUUACAUGUGGUCUCGAUUUAAGUCUUCACAACCGUGGUCAGGUAAGAGCUGGGAUGCAUUUACUUUUCACUUGCCUGCUAUAG